AAAACCCUUGAACUCAUCCUCAUAAGAUAAGUUUGUCGAAGAAUAGGUCGAUUAGAAUGUCAGAUGAAAUUGACGAUAAAGAACAAGGAAAUACUCAAUUAUCAGCUUCUGUGCUUUCAGAUAUAAGCAUAUUAAAUAUAGCUAAAGCAUUAACUGAAAAUGAUAUGAGAGUAUUUCUAUUAUUAAAUAUACCAUUAACAACUUGUAUUAAUAAUUAUGAAGAAAUGCGUACAUUUAAUCAACGUGAAGCAGCAUUUAGUCAAAAAACAUUAAUGUAUUGGAAAAAGCUACGUGAAACAGUUAAAGAUGAUAUAAAAAUAGCUGAAUUAGAAUAUGCCUUAAGACAAUCUGAUCAUAAAGAAUUAGCCGAUAUAUUGGUUGAACGAAAUCGUAUGAAUUUAGAAAUUACACGAGAUUUAUUACAGAAGUAAAUCGCUCUAAAAACAUUUCUCUCAUUGACAAAUAUAUAUAUACGUAUACGGUAACGAUGUCAGUGUGUUUUUUCUGUAUUAAUACAUUGAUUUUCUCUUAUAUCAUCAGUAUACUUUCGUAGAAUUCAUGUUGUUUUCGUAUUGUAUCUAUUUCAAGUUGAUCAUUUCUAUUCAGUGUAUUGCUGUAAAUUUAUUGUUGAUUCUUUUUAAAUAAACACCACUAACAUCUGUGAUACAAAUCUCUAAGAAAAUGUCAAUUAUGUAAUUAUGGACUGUUUGUAUUUUGUAUUUUUUC